GCCUCCUGGCACAAUAUGUUAAUGAUAAUACUUGCGUUGCUUCCUAAUGACCGUCGACACUCAUUAUAUAAGUCCAGCUCACUGUUGCUGCUGACACAGAUAGCCAAGUCUGCGGUGGAAAAGGGAACGCUACUUCUCGUCUGUGAAAUGGCCUCGUUCGCAAUGCGCUUAUGUUUUGUUCUGGCUGCUCUGUUGAUGACAAGUUUUGUUUGUGGAACGCCCUUCAUUAAAGAAAAGCCUGGCCUAUGCCCCGGACUCAAAACCCCGAAAAUACCUGGUCAUGAGAACCCUUGUCGCAAUGACUUCGACUGCCCAAUGGUCCAAAAAUGCUGUCCCUUUGGAGCACCUGAAGCCAACGCUAGAAUAUGUGCAGAGCCCUAUUUUGGCUCUCACCACUGAGUGGCAACUGCCACUGAAUUUGUAACAGAAAGCACGUUAUUAGCUCUACCGUUGCAUAGAUUAGGCUAAAUAUGCAGGUACACCUACAAUCAAGCAUAUUACCUACUUUUCUUCAAAGUAAAUUUUGUGCUGCUAGUAUUUUCUCAAUUUAUUGUUGAUGGCUACAAAUGUACUGACUGCUUAAUAAAGUGCUAUGACUGUGGU